AUGCUGCGGCGCGCCAGGGAGCGGGAGUGGGGCGUGCGGGUGAACGUGCCCGUGGGGCACGAGCUCGCCGGCACGAGCCUGCCGGGCCUCCUGUUGGACGCGGCGCCCCUGCAGGCGGGCCGCUGCGCCGCGCGCGUGUGGCGCGGCGACCGGGCGCUGCCCGUGCUGAAGCAGUGCCCGCGGCGGCUGUGCGGCGAGACGCCCUUCUGCAGGCAGCACGCCGAGCCCGCGUCGCGGCCCCACGGGGUGUGGGAUCCAGGCGGGGGCCACUCGGACCUGGCGCGGGAGUGCCCGGAGAGGCUGAAGGCCGCCGUCAGGGAGGCGACGUCGCGCGAGGCGGACAGGCGCGUGAAGGCGGAGCGGGGCGUCAAGCAGGAGCCGCCGGACAGGCUCCAGCCCAGCCUGCUGGAGGUGCUGCAGCGCCCCGCGAAGCGCUUCAGGUCCAAGCAGACCUUCGCCGAGGCCAAGGCGGUCGCCGGGGCGCGGGCCCGGGCGGGCCGGCCCGGCCCCGCCGCGGUGGUCGACCUGACCGCGGAGCUGGCCGGUCACGACGGCGAGGCCGCGGAGCUGUCCACGACGUACCCGGAGCACCUGGCCUGGUACCGCGAGGCCGAGCUGAAGCACUGCCGCGUCGCCAUGCUGGCCUUCGUGGGCUUCAUCGCGCCUGACGGGUUCCGCAUCCCCAUCCCGCAGCUGGAGGACCCAGCGCUGAACCUCUACAACGCCCACGGCAAGCUGAUCGGCCCCGGCCUCGGCGAGGGCCCCAUGUGGUGGCUGCUCGCGUUCUGCGGCGUCGUCGAGUCCCUCCGCUUCAAGGACCUGGGCCUCGGCUUCGAAAAGCUCACCCUGGAGAACGCGGGCGAUCUGAACUUCGGCAAGGGCUUCCUCCCGCAGACCAAGGAGGGCGAGGUGCAGAUGAGGAUCAAGGAGCUGAAGAACGGGCGGCUGGCCAUGCUGGCGGUCAGCGGCAUCCUGACCCAGUCCGUCGUCUGGCAGACGCCGCACUUCCCCUUCGUCCCGGGGAGCUGA